GGCCAAGUCUCCUCAUGUAAUAUCUUCAUCAUCGGUUUCUUUCUUCCUCGUCAAUCCUUCGAUCGAACACAAUUAUAUAGCGACGGAGCAAUUCUAAGUAUUUCCAAGUGGACAACCGAAGCAAAAUUACAAGGAAAGAAAGUAUCAAAAAUUGGAGUUGUCGGCUGGGAAAAUCGGAUCGGAACGUUAUCGUUCUUCGAUCCGAAGGGCGUCACUGGUCACUGCCCUCCAUCCCAGCAGGCUCUCCGUCUGGUUCUCGUAAAUCCUCUCUUCUUCACGUCAUAAAACAAUGACAUCGCGAACAUUGAGGAGAAGACUCCACCAUGGGGAUGUUGAUGGAAAAGGACGCGAACAUGUGAACACCUCAGUGCGGGAUGGUUUAAAUGAACCCUUACUUGGAAAUUAUGAUUAUGGUGGGAGCCCCGUAGAGGGGUCCACAUAUGAAGACACAUGGGAUGAUGAACGGAAGAAGGAACACCUUCAUUGGGCACUAUUAUUUUCUCAGUUGAUUGUACAAUGGGCACAAUGGUUGGCAAACAUUGUUCUUGGAUCUGGAGCACUAAUUGGAAGACUUUUGCCCUUACCAUCUAUCACUCACAAUGGACAAACCAGGAAGCUGCUUGCACGACCACUUAGUCCAUUACAGGAAGAAAGACUCAGAAAUCUACAGCAAAGGCUUCAAGUUCCAUUUGAUGGUUCUCGUGUAGAGCAUCAAGAUGCACUCAAACAACUAUGGAGGCUGGCUUAUCCUGGUAGGGCACUCCCAUCUCUUAAAUCGGAGCUCUGGAAGGAGAUGGGUUGGCAAGGAUCUGAUCCCUCAACAGAUUUUAGGGGUGGUGGUUAUAUAUCAUUGGAGAAUCUUAUCUUUUUUGCUGAGACAUACCCGGGUCCAUUUCAGAGCUUGUUGCACAAAAGAGAUGGAAACCGAGCUGACUGGGAAUAUCCAUUUGCUGUAGCUGGCAUCAAUGUUUCUUUCAUGUUGGUACAAAUGUUGGACCUUCAAUCAGGGAAGCCAACUACUUUGGCAGGAAUGCGGUUCUUAGAGUUACUGGGUGAAGAUGAAAUGGCGUUUGACAAACUUUACUGCGUCGCCUUUCAGAUGAUGGAUGCUCAGUGGCUUGCAAAACGUGCUUCCUAUAUGGAAUUCAAUGAUGUUUUGAAGUCCACAAGAACACAGCUAGAGCGCGAGCUUGCACUUGAGGAUGUUUCCAGUGUGAAAGAGUUGCCCGCUUACAACCUCUUGAAGAGAUGAUUAUCACCACCAAGGCUUUUUUACUUUGUGUCAAAAUUUAAUUCCACCUUUUUCUCUGUUCCCAAAUAUAAGCCCUACCUGCCGUAGCCUAACAUGUCAUUAAUUCACUUUAGUACUAAAAUUGAGUAUUGUAGCUGCAGUACUACAUCCACUAGUUCGUUCAUAAGCCAGUGUGUUUUUGUGUUUU